AGAAGAAACGACGCGACCGUGAGGCUUCAUUCUGAGCAGAAGCCGCACUAAUAAGGCGUGUUCUGUACUCUGUGGGUCUCCCGCUGGUGAAGCUGGCGGCGCUGAAGCUUCCAGAAGAAGUCUGGCUGCAGGUGUUCAGCUUCCUGUCGUGGCAGGACAAGCUGAGGCUCCGCAGCAGCUGCAGGUACUUCAGAGGACUGCUGGAUAAGUCUCCCCUCCUCUGGAGGGGCUUCUGUGUCGUCCUUAGGCACUUUCCUCUCUACAAUAAGCGCUUCUGGCGCUGCCUUGCUCAGUGGCACGUCGGUAGCGUGGCGGUGCGUUCCGGGCGCCGGAAGCACCUGAAGCAGCUCGGACUGUGGCUUCCGGCUCUGAGCGCCGUCAGGCUGGAUGGUUGGCAGGAAGUCAGUAUGACUGAACUCGGGAGCUUCCGGCAGCUGGAGCGCUUGUCCAUCACUUCCUGCGCCACGCCCCUACAGAGUGUGGAUUUCCUGCUUCUCCUGAGUCAGCAGCUGAAGCAGCUCAGCAUCUGUAAUGUCCAGAUCGCCUGUCCUGUCUCGCACCUGCUCAGCGCUAUCAUCGCCCUCAAACGACUGACCUCACUGCGUUUCCACCACAACGGCAGCCUGCAUGUGCCUGCGGCCACUGGCCGCCGUCUGUUCACCAGCCUGCCCGAGCUACGGCAGCUUUCUUGGGAGAUGAUCACCUACAAGACUCUGCCGCAUGACUUUUUUAGCUCCGCCCAUUUGCAAGAUGUUCUGGCAGGUACUCUGAAGCUGUCCGCUCUGGAACUGUUGAACUACGAUGCUGUAGUAACGCAGGAAACUUUGCAGUCUUUGUCCGACCUUCGCAGCCUGUCAAUAAUCCACCUGUACUCUGUCCCUGGGCCGACGUGUCACCUGCAGACAUGGCUGACGGCGUUGCCAUGGCUGAACAGCCUCAGUGUUCACGGAGGACAUCCUCUUGGGGUGUACGCUAACUUUCUGCCAGAAUCCCUGCACAGUCUGACACUGUGUGUGGACAUGAAGCCCGAAGACCUGGAGACAGUCGGACAGAGAACUCCGCAUCUGCAACACCUUCACCUGGAGCCGUGGACCUCCAUCUGUGGUCUGCUCAGUCUGCUCCCUCAGUUGUUCCCCCAGCUCAGGACACUCAGGAUCAGGCAUCAACACGUGUCAGAUAGUGACUUCCUGAGUCUGCAGCACCUGCCGCACCUCAGAAUUCUGGAGGUUUUGGAUUCGUACCACAGACCUGAUCCGGCGGACCCCAGCUGUGUCGUCUACGAGCUGAGUCAGCGCCUCUUGCGGCUCAUUUCAGAGCUGCAGCGGUUGACUAAUCACAGAGUCUGCGUCACUACGGCCAGGCGGAGAGACCCGCUCACCUGCCAGUGCUUCUAACCAAUCACAGCCACACGCUGGACACUUCACCCAAACCUGUUGUGACAUCAUGCAGUGGGUGUGGCCAGAAGUGCACCAUAGCACUAGGGAAGCUCAUGUCACAUGUCAAGACGCUAUUUUGUUGAACAUAUUUUUAAAUCGUAUUCAGGGCUGCAUCAUUAAGUGCCUUGCACCUUAGCAAUUCCCACCAUUUCCCUUGUGGGAAUCCCAUUAUAGGCAUUAUCGUAUCACCAAACCUGAGUCUGAACAUUCCUCUUGAUACACACAAAAUGUGCAGAGUUUGCAGUUUUGGUUCAUAAAAUAUCGCAACAAACUGAUUUUCAUACAGUCCAGUUUCAUCAUUGGGACACAAUUCACAGUAAUACUGUAAGUUUAGUUCAGUGUCAGUCACUAUAGUAACCUGGUUGGGAAAAGGUUUUUUUUUAAAUAAACCUUUUCAGUCUCCUCCCUCUUACAGCUGUUUCACCUCCUCCUUCAUCUGCCGUCAUGUCUCGGUGGACUUUAACCUACUUAUCUUUGCAAUACUGAGUAGUUUUCUUGCAGCUGAAUCUGUUAGGACAAUCGACAAACCCAUGAAAAGGGAAUUAUAGUAUAUCUCACUGAGCUGCAGCUUCUUCCGCCUGGUGUGUGUAUGUAUUGAAACGUGUGUCUACCUCAAAACAGAGCGUGUCAUCGUACAACUGCUUUGCUCCUCAUUAAGUGGAAGUAAAAUGGACCAAUCAGAGGCCAGUCAGGCACCAAAAUUUAUAUGAAUAUUUUUUCUUUUCUAUAAUGUUUGGUUUGUGGUGGAAAAAUUGUUGACCAAACCUGUGAGUGCUGUACUUCAGAAAUAAG